UUUGGUGGCGAGGAGUGGGGCUACGCGCGGAGAGGCCUGACCUGGCAGGACUUCCUCGGGUCGGUUCUGCAGUCCCGGCUUUGUGAUUGAGGUCGGGUCUCUGCCACUGGGCCCGGGAAGAUGGUGCUGGGUGGUUGCCCGGUGAGUUACUUACUUCUGUGCGGCCAGGCGGCUUUACUUCUGGGGAAUCUACUUCUGCUUCACUGUGUCUCUCGGAGCCACUCACACAACACUACCGCCGAGCCGGAGCUCACAUCCGCUGGCGCCGCCCACCCAGAGGGCUCCGCUGGCGCUCCAAGCUGGGAAUAUGGCGACCCCCAGUCUCCGGUCGUCUUUUGCUCUUACCUACCUGAUGAAUUUAUAGAAUGUGAUGACCCAGUGGAUCAUGUUGGAAAUGCAACUGCAUCCCAGGAACUCGGUUAUGGUUGUCUCAAGUUCGGUGGACAGGCCUACAGUGAUGUGGAACACACUCCAGUCCAGUGCCGGGCCCUCGAGGGGAUUGAGUGUGCCAGUCCUAGGACCUUCAUGCGAGAGAAUAAACCUUGUAUAAAAUAUACCGGACACUACUUCAUAACCACUUUACUGUACUCUUUCUUCCUGGGAUGUUUUGGAGUGGAUCGUUUCUGUCUGGGACACACUGGCACAGCAGUAGGGAAGCUGUUGACACUUGGGGGACUUGGGAUUUGGUGGUUUGUUGACCUUAUUUUGCUUAUUACUGGUGGGCUGAUGCCAAGUGAUGGCAGCAAUUGGUGCACUGUUUACUAAAAAGAGUAACUGUCAUGGCCCAGAGAGGCACGACUUCUGAAGUCAUCUCUGCAGGCUCAAAACUCUUCCUUGAUGCCGGACCUGGCCAUCACUUUCCCUCUUUGGAGGGAAUGGGUUUGGUAAGGAAGGUUUCUUUGGACCCUGGUUUUCAACCCAAAUUUUACCUUGCAGACUAGAAAUGACAAGCCAACAGUGUUUGGGAAUCAAGUGUGUAUCUUUCCUCGUGUACAAAAUAUAAAGGAUAGUGACUAACGUAUAAGCUGCAGAGGGGUUUCCGUACUCUUUAUUUCUGUACAUUGCUGUAUCGUCAAUACUUUGGAGCAAGUGGACCCAACAGGAUGAGCAAGUGAACCCUUGUGCCUUUUGUGACCCUGAAUCUUCAUGCAGAGGUGAUAUGAAGCUGAACCACUGAAAAUCUUCAGCAGAAGUAAAAUGACCAUGGAUUUUAAUACACACUGAAAUUCUGACUUUCUGAAUUUAAAUUGCAGAAUAAAUUUUGCCAACCUGGAAUGCUGUUUGGUACUUUCAGUAGAUAGAGUGAGACUCAAAAUUCUAUUUGUUUUCUAAAAGCUAGGCAUUUGAAAUGAAGCACUCUAUUAAUAAAUCCUACUGUUAUAAUUAUUACGCUCCAGAGGCAGUAUAUACAGUAUAAUAAUUACUCCAUUUCAGUUAUAUUUUGGAAACGCAACAAUAUCAUUCAUGUCUGGGUUAAGCUAUCCCCUGGCUGUCCUAUCCAAAAAUUAGUAAUUUACUAGUUUAGAGAGCCUAUGUUGUAGGUUGGUAAAAAACAUGUCAUUCACCUAACUGUAAAACUGUUCAUCACAAUUAUGUAAGAUACAAUGAAAGAAAAACAGAUUCCUAUUUAAUGGACAGAAUUACUGAGUACUGGGUGGAGUUAGGAUGUGAUUUAUGGGGACAAAGAGAAACUGAACACAUUCUGUCAAAAGAAGUGUGAUUCCAGAAGCUCUCAAUGUGGGCUACAGUAGUCAUUAGGGAAAGAACGACAGCCAAGGAAUAAAAGGAAAUAUUCUGAAUUAUAAGUGGUUUUAAAAGCUUAGUUCCCGUCCUUUGCAAUUUAAGUUGAAAAGAACUGUUAAUUAUAAAGUAAAAGGAGGACUUUGUGGACAAGUAAAACUAAGAGCCUAAUAUUCAGGAUAAAUUAUAGAAACAAUCAAGGUAGAGUACUCAAAGCUUAGUCUCAUAAUAGUUGACUUAAAGACCAAGAAUCACAGUUAAAAUAACUCUGGAUAUGUUCUAUCAUUAUGAAUCAGCUUUUCUAAAAGUUUCAGCUUUAUUAUCCCUGAUAAAUAUGUUCAUUGUACUUCUAUUAAAUGAUGGCAACUGAAAAAUUA